UUGUUUGAUAGUAACAUGCAUUGUGAGUUUAUGCGACAAUAUUUGAAUCUAACGUAGGCCGAAAGCCACAAGCCAAAACACAAGUUGUCCAGAAAUACUUGACCCAGUAGUGUUUCAAGCCUUAGCUAUUUUGUCCUUUGCUACAACUCAAGCUGUAAAACAUAUCCAGGAAGUUACAUUCUCAUUACAUGGCAAUUUGCAUAAAAUAAUAAUAAGAUGAAAUUAGCAGGCCUUAAUUUGUAUGUGUCCCCAUUAAUUUCAACAUAUAAAACCACCGCUAUCUGCCUUUGUUGACCAUCUCUAUUCCUAUCUACACCAUUUAUUCAUUCUCUUACAGUAUACCUUCAAAGUUGAAACUGAUUAAUUAUCAAAUGGAAUCUGAUCAUCAUCAUGAAGCAGCAUCAGACAAUCAUCCCUCUGAUGGAGAGGAGCAAGGUGCAAGUCACGUGACAUCUAGGUCCUACGAGUGCAACUUCUGCCGGAGGGGCUUCUCUAAUGCACAAGCACUAGGGGGACACAUGAACAUCCACAGAAAAGACAAAGCCAAGCUCAAGCAACAACAAUCUUCAAACCAAAUUCAACAGGAUCCGGCCAAGUCUGGUGGUGAAGAGAGUAACAAACCAAACUGGAAUUGGAAUGUGUCUCCACAAGAACAUGUCAUUCACAAGAGGCAUCAGCUUCCACUCUUUGCCGAAACACCAACUAGCAGUGAAACACAAAAGCCACAAGGUCAAACUCAAACUACUACUGAACAAACUUUGUUAUCUACUCAUCAAGAUUCCUCAUCGGAGUUAGACCUUGAACUGAGACUAGGACCUGAACCACAGGAUUCAUCAGCAGAAACGGAUACAAGAAAUUUUUUUUGAGUUCAAUCCUCUCAUCAAUACGUAAUUAUUUGUAGAUGUCCAUGAAUUACCGCGCGCCCCUUUUUACUGGUGAAAAGAAUUCAUAUACUGUUUGAUUUUGUUUUCGCAAUUUUACUUUUGAAUUCGAUCA